AUGGCGGUCGACAAGGGCAAGAAGAAGGCGGCAGCUGGGACGAAGAAAUCGUCGGCCGAGGGGAAGAAAUCUACCCCGAAAUCGUCGAAAAAUGCGGCGGCCACGCAGAAGAGCAAAAAGGCCGCUACCUCCGCGAGCAAGACGAAGACCAAACUGAAGAAAGCGGUGGAGAGCAGCGAGGAGGAGACGAGCACUGCAACGGAGGAGCGUGUAUCCGAUCAAGGCAGCGCAGGCGACGAGCCAGCAGCUGGAACGAAGCCAGGAUCUUCAGCUCCCGGCGGCGCUCUCGCAGUGCCUCCCCAAUCCGGCCUCAUGGGAGGACUGAGUGGAAUUCGAGGCAUCAGGCCGCAAGUGCCGAUGAUGAUGGUCCCCCCAAGGCUGGGAGCGAUGCAGCAGGGAAUGAUGAUGCCGCAGCAGCAGCCUGGGAUGAUGAUGGCGAUGAGAUUCCCGGGAAUGACGAUGAUGAGCCGCUCGCCUCCGGUGAUGAUGAAUCCAUUCCAGCAGCAAUUCAGUCGCGGAGGAGCCACCAUGAUGGGAAUGGGAUUGCAACAGCAGCCGCGCGGAAUGCCAGGCUUCUCACAACAAUUUCCUCAGCAGCAAUCUUACAACAUGGUCUCCCCGCAGGCUUUCUUCUCUUCUUCGUCGUCGCCAUUCGAGGCACAAGCUUACUCUCCCUGGAACUAUACAAAUCCAUCUUGGGCUUGGAAGCAACAGCCAUCGUGGCCCAGCAAUUCCAAUUGGAACAAUCAAACAUCCUGGCCAGAGCAGCAAUCCAAUUCCUCGCAACCUUACGACCAACAACAACAGCAGCAAUCUUGGUGGGAUCAAGCUCCCCAUCAAACCUCUUCGUGGAGCCAGCACUCCCAGCAGCCCCAGCAAUCCUGGAGCCAACAGUACUACGAUUCCUCGGCCCAAUCAUCUCCACCUUCUUACGACUACUACAACCAAUACCACUCCGAUCCACAGAACUACUACCAGCAGCAGCAGCAGCCGGAGGACUAUUACAAUGCUGCUAGCUACGAUCAAUCCACGAGCUACGAUCAUCAAUACCACAAUCCUUACGAUCCCUCGACCUCGCAAGCUCCAGAGUAUGGCUAUGAUCAUCAGCGUUGGCCGAGCGAGUACUACGGCGGUCAGAGCCAAAGCUGGCCGCGACGAAGCGAUCAUCACCACCAAAACUGGAGCUACGGCCGUCACAAGAACCUAUACUCCUGGCCGCAACGCUGGAACCCAAAGCUUGACAAGCUUGAAUUCUCUGCAAAAUCUGUCCAGCAUGAAGAUCUGCGUUCCCUGGCCGACUGCAUCGGGAGUGUGAAGGUUCUCUUGUUUCUUAUGGAGACGAAAGAUCUCACAUCUCGAGGAGCUUUCUCGCUGUUUAUUGUUGGAAACGAAGUGAUGUUUCCCUGGGAGGAAUCGAUUUCCGACAGCAGUAGUUGGGAAAGCUGUUGA